AUGGUUUCCCACGCUCGGUCCAUCUCUGUCGGCGAUGUUCCGACACAUGGACGCUCACUUGAUCGAAUCGGCAUCUCGGUCACACUCUUCUUGUUCGCUCUCACGACAAUACUCCUUCUCAGCGCUUCACCAACCUCAGUUCUCGCCUCCGCUUCCUCCAGCACAGCAGCUUCUCGACCCGCACUCUUCCGUUCACCCGCAUCCGAUUCCUCCCGAGGAGCAGAUUUCCUCCAGCAAGUACUCACGAAACCCAAGACCCCCUCUCGUCCCUCUUCCGCCACCUUGAGUGAGGGGGAACCAAUAUGUCGACCCACCGGUCAAAUCGAAGAUGCAUCUUGCGACUACGAAACAGUCGAAACCAUCAAUUCCCAAUUCUUCGAUCGACUCGAUGCACUUCGGACCACCAAUUUCUUCAAGUAUUACAAGGUGAACCUUUUCAAAGAAUGUCCCUUUUGGAACGAGAAUGGGUUUUGUAUGAAUCAAGCUUGUUCCGUUGAAACGGAACAAGAGGCCAACGUGCCCGAGCAGUUUAGGGUGAACAGGUUGAGUAGUGUCACAACAGCUCUGCCGGGGGAUGUGGUUAUGACGGGUAGCGAUGCCAGUUGUAGCUGUAGUCAAACCGAGUUUUGUCAUUUAGACGAUCAAGUGGGAGAGGAAGGGGUGUAUGUGGAUCUGAUCAAGAAUCCCGAGAGAUUCACUGGUUAUGCUGGACCAAGUGCGAAUAGGGUUUGGAAGAGCAUAUAUGAAGAGAACUGUUUUAACGGGGUCAAGUUUGUCGAGCCGGCUAGACCGCAGAGUUCAGGAGGCACUGGGUUUGUCGAUAAGACGGUUUUGCAGAGUAGUCCUUUGGGUGGAGCUGGGUUUAGCGGCUUAGUUUCAUCUUUGCAAGCGCCGUUGGAUAGUGGUGAUAGCGAACAGUGUCUUGAGAAACGAGUCUUUUACAGGAUCAUCUCGGGAUUGCAUGCGAGCAUUUCGAUCCAUAUCUGCCAUGAUUUCUUGGACACCAAGACGGGUGAAUGGGCUCCCAAUCUCGAAUGUUUCAUUACUAGGAUUGCGGAACAUCCAGAGCGAUUGCAGAACGUCUAUUUCGACUAUGUUCUCCUCCUUCGUGCUCUUUCCCGUCUUGGUGACUCGAAGGACAACUUCAGCUUGCGUCACGGAGACUCAAUCGACGAUCCGACCACAAUCGCACAACUCGACCAGCUCAUCUCCGAUGCAAGAGCAUGCCCAACAACAUUCGACGAAGCACAAAUGUUCAAUGGCCAAAACCGCGAAUCGCUCGAAUUAAAGCAAGAGUUCAGGCAACAUUUCAGGAAUAUCUCGGCAAUAAUGGAUUGCGUGGGAUGCGACAAGUGCCGACUAUGGGGCAAGUUGCAGGUAAAUGGAAUCGGGACUGCCUUGAAGUUGCUCUUCAAUCGCAAUGAGGAGGGUGGAGGAGGGGAGGUCAAGUUGCAGAGGAGUGAAUUGGUUGCCUUGGUGAAUGCCGCGCAUAGGAUCGCCGAGAGUUUGAGGGCUGUAGAGAGAUUUAGAGAUAUGUAUCAGGCGCAGCAGGCCAAGGUGGUAGAAGGGGUGGGGGAGGUGGGGCGUAGGGUGAAUGAGACUCGCUCCGAGGCCAAGAUGGAAGAGGAGGCGGGUAAUGGUGGACUCUCAGGCUGGCUUCACUGGUUGGAGAAGCGAGCAGAACAGAGUAUUGAGGCUUGUAAACGGUCCUUGGUGCAUUGUCUGCAUGCGUUGGGCUUGGCUACUAGCUGGUCGACCUCCAAUAGUGAGCAUUCUGAGCUCUAA